AUCAAUUUUUCUCUAUGUUAGAAUUGGAAGAGACUUAUUCAGCACAGAUAUGGGACCUUCUUAUGAGGUUGCCUACACAUGCAGGAUCGUUAUCUACGCUUAGAUCUUUGAUGGCACCGGUACGAUGGGAAGAACUUCUUAUCUAUCGUUCACCGUUCAGAUUGCUUUAUGCACUUCAAAUUCUCGAUUGGUUGUUAAGAGGCGGUGAUGAAACCACAAGCGGCGAUGAAUGGAGUAUUCUCUUUGUUGAAAAUGGCGGCUUAGAUUAUUUGCUCUCGUUGUUAACAAUGCAAAAUUCCGCUAAUUACAUAGAAAACUUUGCGGAUGAUCAUCAAAAAAGUGUUACAAGACGUGCUUGUCUUGGGCUUUUAUUAAAAGUUAUUGGCUUUUCUGCAAUUGACAACUCUCCUACAAGUUCAGAAGUAUUUAAACGGUUUGACUCCAACAUUUUAAUUGCAAAAUUAAUUGAUAUUAUUGGGAAGUGCGUAGAUCCUUCUCAAAAUCAAGUUGAUGAAGACUUAAUAAUUAUUCAACAUUCUAUGAAGCUCUUAUCAUGCUUAUGUUUACGUGAUGAAUCAGCUCUGUCAAGCUUUAUCGAGUUUCAAGGUUUGCAUGAAUGGUUAAUGUCAGCACUUGUUAGAUGUCGGUCUGAAGAGGCAAGAAGCCUUUUAGAACAAAACCUUCUUCAAUUUUGUGAAGAAAUUGCUAAAAAUGUAACCUUCGAUGGAGCAUUGGUCCGAUUGCCGCCUUCACUUGAGAAAUUUCUCGUUUUAUUAUGGUCAUUUUUACCGGACGUAGAAAAUUAUGUAGAAACUAGUAAAGAGUAUUUUGAGCUUAUGGGACACUUGAUGCCAUUUAUAACAAAGUCUCAAGUGAGCUUGCUCGUUUUAUAUAAUAAUGUCAAGCAACAAAUAAGACUUCAUCCUAUUAAAGAGCAAUUUAAUACUCCUAACGAAGAUACUGUUAUUGUUGGAUUAGUUCAAUUAAUGAUAAAUAUCAUUGCCGAGCAUCCAGAAUUUAAGCGUCUUUCGGAUGAUGAUUUGCUUGACCUGAUCUUCAAUGAUUGCCUGUUUGAAGUCCCAACGCUUGAACAUGCAGGAUCAAUUCUUCCUCCAAAGUGUAAGCUUGAAGCUUCAAGAACUGCUGCUUUAGACUUAUUAAAUGAACUCGUAAAAGAUUGCCCAGAAAAUUUUGUCCGUAUAACUGAUUUGUAUUUGAGACAAUUGGAUCGAGGAGAGCAAUUGAAUGAUAAUUGGAAUUAUUGUCCAAAAACAUGCCAAAAAGCUUCUUCUGGUUACGUUGGUUUAUCAAAUCUUGGGGCUACUUGUUAUGUUAAUUCAAUAAUUCAACAAUUCUUUAUGAACACUGCUUUUCGAGAAAGCCUGUUUUCUGCGCCGGUUCUUGAUGAUAAUAGGGAUGAAAGCCUUUUAUAUCAACUUCAAGUAGUAUUUGGACAUUUACAAGAAAGUGAGAAAAAAGCGUACGAAGCGAUAAAUUUUUGCCAGGCAUAUAAAGAUGUGGAUGGCCAAUCAUUGAACGUGGCUAUUCAGAUGGAUGUGGAUGAAUACUUCAAUGGGCUUUUUGACCGCUUGGAAAAUAGUGUCUCCGGAACACCCCAAGCAACACUCCUUAAAGAUCAUUUCGGUGGUGCACUAGUUCAACAGAUUAAAUCAAGAGAUUGUAGUCAUAUUUCUGAGAAAGAAGAAUCAUUUUUUACAUUACAAUGCGAGGUUAAAAAUAAGAAAAAUGUUGAAGAAAGUUUAGAGCUUUACGUUGAAGGGGAACUAUUAGAUGGAGAUAACCAAUAUUUUUGCGCAAAAUGCAAUAAAUCUGUGGAUGCCAUUAAAAGAUCUUGUAUUAAGACACUUCCAAAAAAUUUGAUUAUGCAUUUGAAACGCUUUGAUUUUGAUAUGGAGUUAUUAAAACGAGUAAAAAUUAAUGAACUGUUUGAGUUUCCUACACACAUCAAUAUGGAACCCUACACCUUGGACUAUUUGAUACGUAAAGAAUCAGGACAACUCGAUGAUUCUAAAAUAGAUGUCGGAAAUAAAUCACAAUUUGAAUAUGAGCUUGUUGGUGUCCUUGUUCAUACUGGUACUGCUGAUUCUGGUCAUUACUAUUCAUUUAUCAAAGAACGUAAGUCUUUAUAUGAUGAAAAUGAUUCUGAACGCCGUUGGUACCAAUUCAACGAUUCUACUGUUGAGGUAUUUGAUCCUAAAGAUAUUCCUAAGCAGUGUUACGGUGGACCAGAAUAUAUAAUGCAAUUGGAUACUACUCAACAAAAAAGUUUGCCGAAAAUGUUUUUAAAGCAAUAUAAUGCUUAUAUGCUUUUUUAUGAAAGAGUCUCUGAUUCUCAAAAUAACACAUUCGUAUCGUCAACAGCGCAAGAAAAGCCAUCAAUCAUUCCUAGAGAUGUUUUUAGUUCUAUUUGGGAAGAGAAUAUCUGUUUUCUUCAAGACAAAAACAUUUUUGAUCCUGGAUAUUUCCGAUUAAUGUGGCAUGUAUUCAAUUCUGUCAGGCUGGAUGAAACGCCAACUAUUAUAAUAAAUGGUCAAGAAAUUGAUUUAACACUUCGUUCGAUACAACUUGGAACAGAAUUUGUUCUGGGGACGCUUGCACGUGCAAAGGAGAACAAUAAUCUUUCAUCUUGGCUUGAAAUGCUAAAAACGCGAUUUCAAACGCAUUUACCCGCAUGUCAAUUGUUCAUUAACAGGAUCAUCGAACAUAGCCCGAAUUACUUACAACAAAUACUUAUGUCAUGUUAUGUGCAAGAUGUUAGGGAGCAAAUCGUUGAUCUGAUAAUUUUUGUCCUAAAAACGUUACGUAAUGGCAAUUUGGAAGCUUAUGGAUUGGAGGUUGUCAUCGAUGAUAUUGACAUUUCUGACUCGUCUAUGAAUGUUGAUUUGACUCAUGCACAAGUGUGUUAUCCUAAUGGCAUGAUCGUCAGACUAUGUGAAGCGUUAUUUAGCUUACUUCCAAAUGCGCAUCGUUGGUGGCGCAACUUCGAACAAUACUUCUACUUACUUUCUUAUAUAGCUUCUUCUGGCGUUCCUGAGCGUGUUUACAUGGUUAAACGCGGAUUUGUUGGAGAGCUGAUUCGACUAUUCCUUAUGGAUGAAUUACCACCUUUGAAGUCACGUAAACGAAGGAUGGGUGAUAAAUUUUCAUUGCCACCUUUCCGAUAUUUAUUGACUACAUUACGUACACUGCUAUUAGAAUGCAGUAUUGAACCUGAGCAUGAUAUUUCAUUAAUAUCAAGAACCUCAAGAAUUCAAGCUCCUUUAAAAUUGAGUGAUAGUGAAAUUGAAUUGAUCUUGGAGCGACACGAACAAGAAGAAUAUUUCUUGUUUUUCAUGAAACAAGUCCGUGAUGGUAUUGAUAGCGGAGCAUCUCGAGAUAUAUUUAAUCAUUUUGCAACGAAUAAUCAAGUUUUAUCAGACGAGCUUAUAAAUCAAUUAAUUCGCUCCGCUGAUUCUUAUAACGUGGAGUAUGUUCGGCCACAUUUAGAAAUUUUGUAUGCAAUGGCUCAAAUUCAAGAUCAAUUCCUGAAUCGCAGGAUUGAAUAUAUAGUCCAAGAAGUUUUUAAGCUUGCGAAAACAAAUCAAGGUACUCCACAAUUUAGUUCCGAGUGCCUUGGGUUAAUUGAAGCUCUAUGUACUUCUACAGUCGGUGCUUAUGUGCAGCAUAUGCUGAUAACGCACUCACAUCAAUGGAUGCCAGAUUAUUUACUCAAUGCAUAUGAUGCUAUCCGACAACGUGCCGAAGAACUUGCUAAUAUUUUAAUUUUCCGCCAAUUGGAAGAAGUUAAUGAUGAACAUGCCUUGUAUGAAGCGACUUUAUGCAUGAGAAGGCAAUAUCAGAUUCUGCUUAAAUUUAUGGAUAAUGUAGAAUUAUAUUGGAGGCAAACUUAUCCUCGAAGAGGCGCUGAUCCUUUUGGGUGGAGACUUAGCAAUUAUUUUAGAGUCUUGACGAAAUGUGUGAGAUCAUCUCAUGAAAAAUCAAUGUUUCAACCUUAUGUUGAGAAGUUGGGUACAAUCUUUAUUCUUGUUGAUCAAGUCAGAAUCGAUUCAGAUAUUGACAAAAAGGAGUUAAUUACAUUUUGGCAUGCCGUAUGCGAGGAUUACCCUGAUAAUGUUCAAUUAUUCAUUUCAAAUGACGACAUAAUUUCGCACCUUCACAUGUAUUAUGUUAGCAUUAAUCACUCAACAGAAAAUAUCCUUUAUAAUCAAACUACUCUUCCAAAAUAUUACGGGUUGAUAUUGAUGGGAUGUCGUCUUUCGCCCGAAUACCAUCAAAAAUGGAUGGAAGCACAGAAUUUCUUUUGGGCCCUCGGUAGCAUGAUUUUUGGAGAUUUCUAUGAUGAUCACAAAACAGAGGAAUUGCUAAUGCUCUUAAAAAUUAGUGCUGAUGCAUCUCCAACUUUUAGGAUGAAAACUUGGGAUUCAAUAAUAACAUCUUUAGCCAACCCUGCGCCUCUGACGCGUAAGGUCCAAUUUAUGCUAAGACUUUAUCAAUAUCUCAACCGCGAUUCAAUAGAAGAUGUACAUUCAUUUUGCAAAAGUCACGGGUUUGAUGCAUUUCCGCAGUUUAUUAAUGUUAUAAAAGAUAAGAAUGCAGAGGAUGGGGUUCUGCGUAAAUGUCUGGAAAUUUUGCAUAACUAUUUGAACAUUGCUUAUUUGUAUCAAAAUGAUGAUGUAAUCUAUGCUUAUUUGAAAUCAUGGAAAACUCGUCAAGAAUUUGUAACUAUUCUUCUAUCAUUUUUGCAUCCAAAUACUGACCAUGAAUUUUACACAAGGGCUGCAGAAAUCCUAUGCUUAUUACUUAAGAUGAAGGCUACUAAGGAUAUCGAAAUUACAAUAUUACAGCGGCUCAUUGAUAAUCAUUCGAAAUGGCAACGCGGAACGGUCACUAAAGAAGAUUUGAACAAGAAUUUUGGUGGAAGUCGAUCGAUUUUCCAUCAAUACAAAUUAAUCGAUGAUGAAUUCGAUAAUUAUAAUGUCAUGAAUUUAUUACAAGGUCCUUCGAUCCAUGUUUUCGAACCUUUCAUGCAAAAAUUGAAGAGGGAACAAAUAUUGCAACUGCAGGAAGUACUAUAUAAACCAUAUUUGAAUUUUGUGGAGCAGGUUAUUGUUACUGGCAUUGAAUUUGAAUCAUAUGAGAGAGUGGUUCAACUUUGUUCGUUAGUGAUCCUUGAAAUGAUGGACAUCGACAUCGAAAAUAUAUUUAAUAUGAUAAUGGGACUAUAUGAGAAAUUAUCUUCAAACGAUCAAGUUGCUAAUAUUUAUGGACAUGCUUACUUUGCAACAUUGAUUGAGCGUCUUUUAAAUUUGAACCCACGCAUAUUAACUAAACACAUUUCAGAAAAAUUGAGCGUACUCAGAUCAUUGAUUAGUAUUGUCAAAUUAAACAAGCCCGAGUUUGUACAACCAAUUGUUUCAAACCAUAUUCAGCAACUAGCCGCUAAUGUUAAAGCGUUCAAAGAAAAACUUGAAUUCAACGACAUGGCUUCAAUUAACAUGAUUAUCCAAGAUUUAAUACAGACUUUACAAGUUCUGGUAAUCACAAUAUCAAAAAAUGAUCUCCCGGCGGACGAUCCACUCACGCGGGCUUAUUUAGAUAGCUUGGAAGAUAUUUCUACAGAUAAAAUAAUGAAUGUUCUUGGACAUUUUGAAGGAUUAAAAAAUGAUGUGGUCAAGAUGAAAUCACUUCUUAAUGAAUUGACAACUCAACAGGGCGCUGUGAUGGGAAAUGGAGGCGAAAUGACACUUAAUGAGCUUGAUAAGGAUGAUAGUAAUGUCAGUGGGAGCACGGGAAUAAUGAGUGAAUAA